UUUUACUCGAAAGUUCAGCGAAGGUUUAAGAAAACGUUUUGGUUUCUAUGACAACGGCAGCAAGACGAGUGGUCAAAAGACGGUGUUAUACUAAUGAAUGACAGCUAAAGCGCGAACUUUUUCAUCCAUUUAGUGUUUGCUUUGUUCUUAAGCAAUAUCUAAUUGGUUUCUAAACGAAGAAGAACCUUUUGUUCUUGACUGACAACAGUUUUAUUUUGAAUUCUAAUUUACCAAACAAUCAUACCCACCAUGGAUUUGAGAUUACCCAUGGGAACCAUCCUCUUGCCGACUCAAAGGAUUUUUUGUGUUUAAGUCGAAUUUGACACUUCGUUUUGAGGCCCUUAACGUGAACUUACGCUGCUGAAAGGUCUUGAACUCUACUGGAUAGCAUUGAUAUGUCUUAUUAGACGAGGUAUGAGUAAUCUUGUAAAUCAUCAGCCGAAUUCCAUCACUAAGCCCGACGACUAGACUGGUUAGGACUUCAGAUCAAGAAUAUUCAUCCGGUUUUCUUCACGACUUAGCGGACCCUGAGCUUUACCAAGUACUAGAGAUUUGAUUCCCAACGACACAACUAACAGAACUAAAGUUCAUUUACUUUACACCACGUAACAGAAAGUACCAAAAGGUUUGGUUUAUAGACAAACAAGAUGCUGGGUCCAACAGUUUGACCUACGGGAGUCCGGGUUAUUAAUCGUUAGUUAAAGACGAGGAAAAAUUCUUUCAAGGUGCCUUGCUCAUCUAUAAGAAAAAUAGCCAUAAAAAUAAUACUUAUGUCAAGAAAGAUACAAAACAGAUGGAAGACGACACUAGAAGUGAAAAUCCUCAAACAAGUCCAAAUAAAGCGGACGUGAAAAACGACACCGACGAAGAAGAACAGAAAAACACAGAUGAACUUGGUGAUUCAGAUUCCCCAAACACCGACUCUCCACCUCUUCAAAGUAGUCCCAGUGAUGCCUCUAAAUCAUCAAGACCGUCGUCACUCCAUUCAUCUAGAUCUGCGACUGAAAGUGACCUCGACAGUAAUCCCACUAGUACUUCUGCUGUAGACAGUAUUAAAGUUGUCAUAAGGGUUCGUCCUCUUAAUCCAUCAGAGAAUGCCAGAAAGGAUAAGAAUAUUGUCAGUUACCCUGGUGAUGGAGCAAUAUGGAUUGACAACAACUUUGGACAAGUAAAACCAUUUACCUUCAAUGCAGUCUUUGAUGGAGCUACAUCACAAGCUGAAAUGUUCGAACAAUGUGGAAUCAAAAAUCUCAUCAAUAUGGCCCUUGAAGGGUACUCUUGUACUGCAUUUGCAUUUGGUCAGACUGGAUCUGGAAAAACCUAUACCAUAACUGGUCCCUUAAAUACAGAUGGUACUAGCUAUCAGGAUGAAGUGUUACCAAGUCCAGAAAUGUUAGGAUUGUUAGAGAGGUCAUUCCAAUACUUGUUUGACGCCAUGGACAAGAAAGCUGAUCUUGUUAAUUACACUCUUAGGGCUUCAUAUUUGGAAGUAUACAAUGAAAGGGUGAAGGAUCUACUAAACCCAUCUAGUGCUCAUGAUUCUCUUCCUGUAAGAUGGGCACGUGACAGGGGAUUUUAUGUUGAGAACUUGUUUUAUGUUGAAUGUGAUGCCUUGGAUGAUCUUACUGCUGUUCUUGAAGAAGGUCUAAAGUACAGACAAGUUGGUUCUCAUAACAUGAAUGAUCAUUCUAGUAGAAGCCAUAGCAUGUUGACUGUCUACAUAGAUAUAGAAAUGGUCGAUCCAAAUGAUGAAUCUGGAUUCCCGGUACUCCGACAUGGAAAAAUAAGCUUUGUAGAUUUAGCAGGGAGUGAGAGAGUCAAGGAAACAAAAUCACACGGUGAAUCGUUUGCUGAAUCGCAAAACAUCAACAAGAGCCUAUUAACACUAGGAAAUUGUAUAUCAGCCUUGAGUGACGCUAAGAAACGUUCUGGUCAUAUACCAUACAGAGAUAGUAAACUAACUAAACUACUGGCUGAUAGCUUAGGGGGGAAUGGAGUAACACUGAUGAUUGCUUGCAUCUCUCCUUCGUCAUACCUGAUUUCUGACACCUUGAAUACCUUACGAUAUGCUCACAGAGCAAAGAAGAUCAAAAAUAAACCUGUGGUACAAAUGGAUCCCAAGGAAAAGCUAAUAAUAAGUCUGAAGAGAGAAAUAAAAUUGUUACGAACCGAAAACAAUUAUUUUCGACAACAGCUAGGGCUACCAAGUAGUGAUUCACAGACAACUGUAACAUCUGAUACUGAUCAAAAUGGCAAUAAAAUAGACAAUAACAAUUCGAGUUCCAAACAGCCUUCUAUAAAGAAAAAGACGAACAGUUUACUUGUGAAGGAUGACGAGAGAAAUAAGCUUACUACAGCAAAUUUAACUGCUGGAGCCAAUAGUGGUUUAUACGAUAUGUUACAAGAAUACAUGAUAGAAAAUGAACAUUUGAGGUCUGAAAAUGGUGAUCUUCACAAGUCACGUGAUGAGAUCUCAAGACAAAGAGCGAUUGUCUCAAGAGAAAAUGAAAGAUUACUGAAGAAACUUGAAGAUCUUGAGAGGGUCUUCGUGUCAUCUCCUGUUUCAUUUAGAUCGUUGUCGGGUGUCGAACGAUCCCGGUCACUACCCGAGGGUGGAAAAUCGACCUUUGAUUAUAAAGCUGUCGGAUAUGACGUCGGGUAUCGAAGCUCGUCGAAUCCUGACUACUAUCAGCUGAAGCACAGGUCUUCUUCAGAGCCCACCAAUUUAUCUUUCCCGCCUAUCAACGAUGGACCAUAUCCAAACUAUGUACACCAUGGAUCAUUGGGCUCAGUAUCUGAUGAUAGUAGUAAUCAAGCAGAUCGUAAACCCAUGAGUAAAUCGAGCCCUGCUAAACUGCGCAAACAACCUCUGACACCAGAAAAAUUCCAAGGGGGCUACGCUCAAAUAUUCGCGAAACAUCGAGGAAAGAAAAUCAAAGAAAAACAAUCUAACAAAGGCGCCACGCAGUCAACGAGCAAACCCAUCAAGGCUUUUACUACGCAUGGGCAACUAAACACGACAACAAGCAACACCUCGUACAGUCAGAACUCUUACAAACAAAACAACUCAUCGUCAUAUCCAUACGAUACAUCUAGUUAUUCGAGACAGUUAUAUGGUUAUAAUGGACAGCAUAUUCAAAGAAAUGUUCCUGAAAGAAGCUAUCAGCCACAAAGUCAAUACUCAAAAGCUUUCAGUUCUACUCAACCGAGCUAUCAACUUCAGCAAGACCUGGGAAAUAUCGAUUCUCAAAUACAGUACUAUAGUUAUAUGAAUAAAGGAACGUCCUUUGAUAGAAGCCCAAAUAGAUGACAACAACCAUACAGCGCACCAUGAUCGCCACCGACAGAAAUAGACGUGCAUACUUCACCGACUGCCGAAGAAAGGUCGGCCAGCGAUUGGAGACCAUAACAGACAAAACGUUGUGUUUUGCCUUAGGAUUAUCAUAUUAGAAAAUCCACGCCAAAAAAAAAAAAAAGAACGAACGAAAUUA